AUGUCUGUCGACAAACUCUCUGUAGUUGGUGACCCAAGGGUCGAGCGACAUUCCGCUAACGUCAAUGGCAAAACUUACGGUUAUCUCUAUAGCGAGCCCGAGUCUGGCAAAUACAAAGCAACUAUCUUUCUUCUUCAUGGGUUCCCUGAUUUGUCAAUGGGAUGGCGGUAUCAGAUCCCCAUGUUGAGGAAGAUGGGUCUGCGAGUCGUUGCUCCGGAUUGCUUGGGAUAUGGAAGAACGGAUGCACCGGAGAACCUGGCGUUAUAUUCCCAUAAAAGCUGCGCCGAUGACAUCAAGGAAUUAGCAUCCCAACUUGGAGCUUCCACCAUCAUUCUUGGCGGACAUGACUGGGGCGCUGCGUUGGCAUAUCGUGUUGCUCUUUGGCAUCCCGAUCUAGUCUCCUACCUCUUUACGGUCUGCGUACCCUACGCAGCACCGACAACGAAAUACUUUUCAAUUGAGGAGAUGGUGCAAAAAGUCGCACCUCACUUCGCUUAUCAAUUGCAGCUUAGUAGCGGAGAAUUGGAGGCGCCCACCCGGACCAAGGAGGGCAUUAAGAAAUUCCUGUCUGCUUUGUAUGGCGGACGAACUGCAGAAAGAGAAGUCGCGUGGGAUGCUGAAUUGGGAAUAUUGCUUGAUAAAAUGGAGCGUAUACUCCCUUCAAAGCUGUUGAGUGAAGAGGAGCUUGAAUACUAUGCCACGGAAUUUGCAAGACAUGGCCUCCGUGGUCCAUGCAAUUGGUAUCGAACCCGCGAAAUCAAUUACAAAGAAGAACUCGCCAUCCUCGAUCGACGUAUAACAGCACCUGUGCUCUUCAUCCAGGCACUCAAAGAUGCGGCCCUCCCACCUCAUUACGGUCGGGGAAUGACAAAGACAAUCCCACAUUUGACCUUCAAACAAAUCAAUACCUCCCACUGGGCGCUGUGGGAGCGUCCAAAGGAAGUCAAUGAGAUGAUAGCUUGGUGGCUGGAAGAGGUUGUUUUCACGGGCCCCCGAGCGAUAAAAUUAUAA